AUGUAUUAUUUAAAAAGAAAUCAGCUUGUACCUGUCUAUUUAGAUAAAGUUACAGGAGAUUUGGACCAUGAAGAUACAGCUAUCAGAAGUAGAAGAAAGUCAAGCGAACUUCAAAGUCCCUUGUCCAUCUUCAUAAGAAACAGAAAAAGCGAUCCUCCUGACAACAUUUCUGCUAUUUAA